CGCUACCGAGUAUUGCCGAAGAAGCAUUGUUCAUCGUCGAUCCGCAUCGAGACGAGAAGUGUUUUCGGGGAAGCAACGUUUUACCGUCCACGUCCAACGUUAGUGCUGAUCAGUUGAGCGUCAUCAGUGGAUAAGAUUGUCAUUUUAUUGUGGACUACGCAUAGUCAAGUACGCGAAUUCAAUUGCGCAUUAUUGCCGCAGAUCGUCGUUACUUCGACUUCGGACUGGCAGUCGACGAUAGAGCCUUCAAGAAAACAUGAAGGAGAUCUUAAUCGCGCUCAGCGCGAUUCUAGCUGUAUCUACAGCUAGUGUGAUUAUAACAGCUGGAUCAACAGAUGAGCCUCUUUUGGGAGCAAAUGAAUGUACAUGGGGUCCAAGCUACUGGUGUGAGAAUCUAAAGACAGCUAAGGGAUGUAGUGCUGUCAAGCACUGUAUUCAACGUUACUGGGAGCAGAUGGAAGUUCCAGAAGAUAAUGAUAGUGUAUGUGGUAUUUGUAAAGAUAUGGUGAAACAGGCGCGGGAUCAGUUAGAGAGUAAUCAAACUCAACAAGAUCUAAGAGAUGUUUUCGAAGGUAGCUGCAAAUUGAUCCAUGUCAAACCAAUUGUGAAUGAAUGCAUCAACAUUGUGGAUCAAUUUAUCCCUGAACUUGUGGAAACUUUAGCAUCUCAAAUGAAUCCAUCUGUUGUUUGCUCUGUUGCUGGACUUUGCAACAAUGCUCACAUUGAUAAAAUGCUUUCACAGUACGAGACACCGGAAAAGAGAGAUGAAACAAAGAUUUUAUUGAAGAAUGACGAACUCGAACCUGAUGAGUGUACUAAAUGUUACACAAUAGCAAAGUAUAUGGAAAACAAAUUACACCACACAACGCGGGACAAUAUGCUCCGGCAGUUUUUGAAUAUUUGCGGUCAAUUUAGCUCUUUUUCGGAUGCCUGUUCGGCCAUUAUUGUGACUCAUUUUAAUGAUAUUUACGAUCAUCUGCAGGAUAAUUUUAAUGCGAACAAUAUAUGUCACUUAUCAGGCCAGUGCAGCGACAAAUACCAUAAACACGAAGAUACAGAUGCAGUUCCAAAAGUGGAGAUAACACCACUGUCAAGCGUGGGUAUGGUAGACGUUACCGACGAUCUUCCAUGCAAACUUUGUGAACAGCUUGUGGGUCAUUUGAGAGAUCUUCUGGUUGCAAACACAACAGAGAUAGAAUUUCAACACGUUCUUUUAGGUCUUUGUAAACAAACGAAAUCUUUUGCUGAUGAGUGUAAAGCUAUAGUUGACGAAUAUUAUCCACAAAUUUACGAAUAUCUUACAAAAGGACUUGACAGCAGUCUUGUCUGUCAAUUGUCCGGAAUUUGUCCCAGUCCUGGGAAAUUUAAUCAAGGACCAAUUUGGCCUUUACUCCCGGAAGAGGCAGCAAAAAUAGGAUUAAAUAUGGUGAAAAGCAGACAACAACUAAGGGAAGCUGAAGUUGCCAUUGGCAAGGAGCGUCCGAAAUCGGAAGCUGAAGAAAUGCAAUUGCCAAUUGAGAGAAUGAUGCCUUCUGCUUUGCUGCAAGGAGGUGGAGGUGUUAAUGGAAAAGUAACAUGUGCGCUAUGUGAAUAUGUAUUGCAUUAUAUACAAGACAGUGCUACAAAUCCUGCAACCGAGGAAAGAGUGAAAGAAGCCCUGCGAACAGUAUGUAAAAAAUUCUCUUCUUUUGAAGGUAAAUGCGAAGAAUUUGUAAGUACUUACGGGGAUGCAAUUGUGGCUAUAAUCGUACAGGAAAUCGAUCCAUCACAGGUGUGCCCUAUGAUACAUGCAUGUCCAUCGGAGGCAUUUUUAGACAUGUUGAAAAAAAUUCCUAAAGGUUUCACCAUUGAGGAAGAAGUACAGGAUAAGCCAAAUUGCCCACUUUGUCUUUUUGCUGUAACGCAAGUCUAUGAUGUUAUCAAGAAUAACAAAACUGAGGCUAACAUUGAAGCUGAAUUGGAUAAAUUAUGUAAUCACUUACCAAAGAGCUUGACUGAUCAAUGUACAGAUUUCGUGAAGGCAUACAGCAAGGAACUCGUGGAGAUGCUACUUGCAGACUUGACACCUCAGGAAGUAUGCACUUAUCUUAAAUUGUGCGACCCAUCCAAAGAUACGGGCCCGAAGCAAAAUUAUAUUUCUGAGAAGGAUGGAGAAAUACUAAGCAAUGAGAUACCUAAAUAUCCAUUACACAUAUUUCAACCUACAAGUAUUUUAGACGAUGGAGUGUGCAUAAUUUGUGAAUUUGCGAUGCAAUAUAUUGAUAAAGCAAUCGGCAACAAAAAGACGCGAGAUAAAAUUGAAAAGGCGGUGCACGGUGUAUGCAAUCAUCUACCAAAGACUGUUUCCGAAGAAUGCAAUCACUUUGUGGAUGAAUAUGCUGACGCUUUAAUUAGCGUUCUUUCAGAAGAUGUCAGUCCUAAAGAAGUUUGCAGCAUGAUUAACCUUUGCAAGACCAGCAUGGUACAAAUUCAAGAAUCCAUAACGGAAUGUGCCUUAUGUCGAGCAAUUAUAUCAGAAAUUGAUAAGCUAAGUAAUUCAGCUGUUGCGCGUGAUGCUAAAAUCGAGGCAAUUGUCGGAAAAGUAUGCAAGUAUCUUCCAGUGAAUAAACAAGAUAAGUGCGACAGGAUGAUAGAAAUUUACGGGCCGAGUAUGAUAAACAUGCAGAAAAGUAAUGUGGAAAGUGAAAAAAUGUGCAACAAAAUGGCUCUGUGCUCUCCCAAUGAUUAUUUUGCAAUGUCAUUCAAGAGCUCACGUGUAAUGCGAUCCAUCCCAGAGCUCAAGAAGUGCACAUGGGGCAAAUCAUUUGUAUGCGGAAAUGAGGAAGUAGCUAAACUUUGCAAUGUGGAUAUGAGUAAAGUAAAACUUGAUGUAAUUAAACCAUGGAUCACAACGAAAAUUACACAAAUUCUAGGAAUGGAAGAUGAUGUUGUGAUAGAAUUUGUGAAUAAUCAGCUCGAGGAAAAGAGACCGUUGGUGGGGCUCAACCCUUUUGUCCAAAUGGCAUUCGGAUGUGCUCCUCUCUACAUCCGAUUGGCCGCCUUUCUAUCAGCCGUCAACCCUAGCAUCAACUGUGGUGGCAGUUGGUAUCUCAACGUCACCUUAGAACCGCCAACAAAUCUUCGCAGCUACGCCGCGACACACCGUCGACAUCAUCGUCGCGGGACCGCCGGCAUCAUGAGACGCGAUACAUCACGCCGUUACCGACCGUCAUCAUCACCGUCUUCUUCGGUGGACAUCACUUCUGCUCGUGCCGCUACCUUGACCGAGGUAGUUUAUCAUCGUGAGCCGCAGGACCUCGAAAGCUUCGCAGCUUUCGCCCGCCCGAGGAUCUUCAGCUGCCCGAUGGCAACGGCGUUCGCGUGUCAACAUGGCAUCAACACCGCCGCUAGCUACGUUAUCGGGUUCCACAUUGGAAUCGCCGACGUCGAAGUCAAAGAGCGAGACGGAGCGCUGCCUGAUGCUUACUUACCGCCGAAGCUCGGUUCGCGAAGGACUUCAAUAUUCCCCGAGACAUACUGUUCGGUCAAGCGCGUUGGCAUGAUUGAGGCGAAAACGGCUUCCGGAGGUAUUCCUUCACUCGACGAAGAACAAGAGAAGCUUCAAGCAUCGUUGGCGGAGAAAGAGAAGGAAAAGGAGCGUGAAAAAGAAAAAGAUGACAGUGAGAGUAAAGUGAAGAAGGAGGAAAAAGAUAGUGGCUCGUCGAAGGAGCGUAGAAGGGAUCGAAGUAGGGAUCGUGAUAGAGACAGAAGCAAAAGGAGCAGAUCGCGGGAUCGACACAGGGAUCGUGAUCGAUCGAGUCGUAAGAGAAGGUCCGCUUCGAGAUCACCGAGUAAAAAUUCGCUGAAGGAUAACGGAAAGGAUAUGCCUGAGGCUAAGGUCGAACGAGAAGACUCGCCGCAACCGGAAAAUGCUAUACCUUUGAUGCCAGUAAAAACUAAACCGGAAGCCGCAGUAGCGAUAUCAAGAUUGCAAGCCAAAUUGAUGAGCAUUGCUGAUGGAAAGAAAAAGAACAAUCGCACACCCUCGCCGGAGUCGCUGGACAAGUCAGCGAAGAAAUCACGAUCUAGAUCUAAAUCGCCGGCGAAUCGUUCGAAGAAGUCUAGAUCCAAGUCACUUAGCCGGGAUUCGAAAACGCGUCGAUCACGAUCGCUCGUUUCCAAGUCGAGGCGUUCUCGCUCCAAAUCGAGAUCUCGAAGAUCGCGAUCUAAAUCCAAAAGAUCGAAAUCGCGCUCGCAGGAUCGCACGAAAUCAAGGCGAAGCAAGUCCAAGUCGCCGAGAUCUCGUUCGCGAUCACGUUCGCGAUCCAAGAAAUCGCGGUCCAAGAGCGACGACAGAAGCAAGUCGAGGAAGUCGGGAACUGACUCGAGCGACUCAAGAUCGUCCAAGUCUCGCUCGAAAUCCCCGGACAAACGAAAAGACGCUGUCGACUCGAACAGAAAACGCGAUGGUAGCACGAGCAGCAGCUCAGGAUCCGAGGAGGACAAAGGCGCGAAGGAUAAGAAUGAUUUUGAGAUACGAAAAAAGAAGGACGGUGUGCAAGCUAAGAGAUCUUAUCGUAAGACCAAUAAGGACGACAGCGGCAGUGAUAGCGACUCCAGUCGUGAGAGAAAGUCAGCUCCUAAGAGAAGAAGCAAUUCGCCACGUAAAGACAGAGGACGCUCCAAGGAUAGAGAUAGAAAUAGAUCACGGGACAGAUCACGAGAUAGAUCGCGAGACAGAUCGCGAGAUAGAUCACGCGAUAGAUCACGAGAUAGGAACCGAAGGAGAUCAUUGGAUCGAGAACGCGACAGGCGACGUGAACGGGAGCGCGAAAGGGAGAGGGAGAGGGAGAGAUUGGAUCGGUACAGCGGUAGCCGUAGCAUGCGACCACCUUCAGUGCGCAGACCGCCUAAUAGGCGCAGCAGUCCCCCGCGCAGGAGUCCGGCAAGAUAUCGUCGUAGGUCACCGAGCCCCGAUGACAGACGCCGUAGGAGAUCGCUGGAUCGUCGGCGACGCUCGUCGGAGAGACGCGACAGACGUCGAUCGCCCGAUCGCCGUAGCAGCCGACGUCGCUCGCCGGACGGACGGGAUCGAUCGAGCAGGUACGAUAGAUCUUCCUCACGCGACAGAUCAAGUAGGCGGGAUCGCUCCAGAGAACGACGGGAUAAGGAUCGUCGAUCUAGAUCCAAGGAUCGUAGAUCGAGAUCCAGGGAUCAGAGGUCAUCGAUGGAUCGUUCGAGAGACGGGAAACGGUCUCCCGAUCGUUCGAAGGAUGCCAGGGAUAAAGCGAGGGAGAAAAAAGCAGAUGAGAAACCUAAAAGACCGUCUGAUACAGGGUCGCGAAAAGAGGUGCGAAACGGCCGGUCUAAAUCGAGUAGCUCGGAAAGUAGCGAGAGUAGUUCCUCUAGCAAUGAGGACGAGUCACUUAGGAAAUCUAUCGAGCGCAAGGUAUCACAGGAGAAGCGGGAAAGAGAACGCGAACAUGCGGAUGAUGGCAAGAAAAAGGAAAAGGAGAAGAUAUUGAAAGAGGAAUCCGCUAAACGGCCGGAGAAGGAGGUAAAGAAGAUAGAACCUGUUGUCGUGAAAAAGUCGGAGCCCAGCGUUUCUCCCAAGAAACUUCAAGUUACUUCUCUCCCUAUUACAAGACACAGAUUCUCGAAGAGCUUAUCGCGUACACCUUCGCCUUUUAAGAAGACUGAAGAUAUUGUGGCCGCAACCGUUAAGAUUAAGCAGACAAUUAAGGAAGAUAGCAAGGAUGAAUCACCGAAGAUUGGAGAAACCAAUUUCGCCGCUAGUGAUGCUUUCCCUCUAAAGAAAGAUGACAAAUCUUUGAAAACUGCAAAGUCAGUAGCAGAAGAUAAAAAGCCUGUUCAAAAAUCAUUGGAACUCCCAUUGUCCAAGAAACCUGUAGAAGCGGUGAAAAAAACAAAGAAAGAAAAGCGUGAUGGCUCCACAGAUAGUGAAGAUAGUGAUGCUGAAGGUAAGAGAAAAUCGAGAAAGCUGGAGAAACCGAAGAAAUCUAGGAAAGCAUCGACAGAUGACGAUAAAUCUGACAAAAGUAAAGCUGGCUCCAGUUCAGAUUCGGAGGAUGAUAGAAAGCAUUCAGAUAAAAAUAAAAAAGCAAGAGAUACUAGUCGAACCGAUCCAGAUGAUCGCAGCAAAGAUAGAAAGGACAGUAGAAAACGCGAAGUUACCGAAAAUGAUUCGCGAAAACGUUCAAGAAAAGAGAUAGAAGAAGAAGUGAAAAAAUCAAAAAGAGCACGAAAAGACUCUUCUUCGGGCGAAGAAGAGCAGAAAUCUAAAAGAGAUAAGAACGAAGAUGAUAAAUCCAGAUCUCGAAAGUCAAAGAAAGACUCGAGUUCCGAUGAAGAGCCCAAGAAGACGAGAAAGAGGAGAAAUACUUCAUCGGAUGAGGAAAAGUCUAAGUCCCGGAAAUCCAGAAAAGAAUCGACAAGUGAAGAUGAAUCUAAAUCAAAAUCAAAGAAAUCCAAGCGAGAUUCUAGCUCGGACGACGACGAUCUUGGAGAUAAAGACACAAAAAAGAAAAAGAAAAUCGACGAUAGUACGGACGACGAAAAGGUGAAAAAGAAGCGUAAGAAAAAGGCAAAAACCAGCACCAGCGAAUCGGAGGAGAGUGAAGUAGAAGAAAAGAAGAAAAAGAAAGAGAAGAAGCAUAAGAAACAUAAGAAGCAUAAGAAGCACAGGAAGCACAAAAAGAAGAAGGUCGCCGAUUCAGAUGAAUCUGACGUAAGUGAAGGUAAUACGGAAGAACUGGAAAAAAAACUUCGAGAGAAAGCACUAAAGUCCAUGAAAAAGGGGCAUAGCAUUGAACGAAGUGAUUGAGAGACUAACGUUUCAUGAAGAAUGUGUUGUGCGUGUAUCUCUGUAUCGCAAAGCUAAUUAUAAUAUGAAUAUGAUGAAUAACUUUCGUUUUGUACGAAGAAUUGAAUUAUUAUUUUCUACAUAUAUGGAUAUAUAU